AGAGGGCUGUGUGCAGGGAGAUCGGUGCAGCAAAGCCCCUAGGAAGUGGCGCGUUGUCUUGGCAACCCUGGACGGAGCCUUGCAGGCGGUGGUAGGCAGCCCCUUGCUUUCCCUCUGCAUCCUGGCAUUCUGCUGGCAGUUGGUGCGUUCAGCUGCGCCAUAUCCUCCAUGGAGUACUCCAAAGGUGAGGCUACCAAUACCGGAAAUGGCAAACGCGGAUGCCAAUUUCCCUCUAUCUCAAGAGCGGCCUGUACUAGAGAGCUGGAGAAGGUUCCAGAGACAAGCGACUUGGGCGUGACCAAGGUGGAAAGUAGCUACAACCCCAAGAGCAGCGAUGUUCUAGAAGCUGAGGGUUGCCUGGCCAACUGGACGUCCUCUUGUCUGGAUAGGAAGGCCAGCCUUUCGUCCUCCAAUGGAAUAGGCCCAAGAGUCGUUGAGCCCCUAGGCUUCACCAAGGUGUUGACUCUCUCUGACACUGGUGUGUGGCCGUGUCCGAAGUCCUCCUCCUCCUCCUCUUCCUCCUCCUCUUCCUCUGCACAGUCUAGUCGCUCCUCUAAACUUUCAGCGCCUGGAGUCCAGAAGAAAAUAUCUCCCGAGGAGAUCACCCUGCUUAAGUCACAGACAAAAGACGGGCAGCGCCCUGAGUGGACCUUUUAUCCGAGGUUCAGCAGCAACAUCCACACCUACCAUGUUGGAAAGCAGUGUUUCUUCAGCGGGGUCUUCCGGGGCAACAAGGUGUCUGUGGCAGAGAGGACAGUGGACAAGACCCUCGGGAGGAAGAAAUAUGAUAUCGACCCCAGAAAUGGAAUCCCCAAAUUAACACCAGGUGAUAAUCCCUACAUGUUCCCAGAACAAAGUAAAGAGUUCUUCAAAGGAGGAGCAACUCUGCCGCCUGUCAACUUCUCACUGGUGCCUUAUGAGAAAAAAUUAGAUACGUUUAUCCCACUUGAGCCUCUUCCACCAAUUCCCAACUUGCCUUUCUGGGCGAAGGAGAAGGCCAACAAUUUGAAGAACGAGAUAAAAGAAGUUGAGGAGCUUGAGGACUGGCAGGCCUCGCCACCCUUCCUGCAGAGUGUUUUGCCCUCUGGUGCUUCCAACUUUCCAAGACAACCCUGAGCAGAAAUGUACCCCCAAGCAUGCACUGCUAGACCUCCGGCCACCCUCUGCAUUGCUGGGUUUUUUGGUGGUUUUUUUUUUUUUUUAAUUCUCUAUCUUUGACACUGUCUCUGUCCUAAACCAUUUGUUUGACUCUAAUGAGGAAUUGCUGUUUUGCCUUGUUUAACUCUCAACUGUAAAAACUUUCAAAAUGCGCAGAAAAGUUGCAUGAAUUAUAAAACAGACACCUGAAUACCUUUCCUCUAGAUUCCCUCUUCAACAGCAUUUAUCCCAGUUCUUGUUUUUUCUCCCUCUCCCUCUUAUUGUGUUUUGUUGACUCACUUGAGAGCUAGUGACACACAUCAUAAUCCUUUACAUCUUCAUACCUCAAGUAUAAAGUGGGGAGUGUUUUCUAAUCAUUGUAUGCAAAUAUCCAAUGUAAGUUAUUUAGCAGUAACAGACAGCUCACAUACAUUUAGUUUUUAAAGGAUGCCUUCAGGUCAAUAAUAAUGGGCAGAUAUAGAAGCAUUUCUGUUUCCUCAGACUUCUAUGACAGAAUACUAAAGCUUGGGUAACUUAUAAGCAAAAGGAAUUUCCUUCUCAAUAGUUCUGGAGGCUGGGAAUACGAAGUCCAUGAAGCUGGCAGAUUUGGCAUCUGGUAAGGCGCUGCCUUCCUAAUGUGGCCUCAAGAAGGGGAGGAGCAAGUUGGAUCCCUGAGGUCUCUUUCUUUAUGAAAUGGGAGUUAUGUGCUGCUGUGACAAACUACUCUAACAAAAACAACUUAAAGGAGAAAAGGUUUAUUUUUGGGUCACAGUGCCAGAGGAUACGGUUAACCACAGUGAAGAAGACAUGGCAGCAGGCAGGAAAGGCACUGUGGUAGGAGCAGGAGGCUGAUUGGUCAUGUUGUAUCCGCAGUCCAAAAUGUCAAGAAGUACCAGGCUUUAAAGCCAAGAGGCCUGCUCCCAGUGACCCACUUUCUACCCUGAGGCUCCCUAAACAAUCUAAUCCACACUUGAAAGACCCCUUGAGACCAGCAUUACCCUUCACAUGGACAGUUAUCACUAGAUCAUCUCUCAUUAGGGUCUACCCUGUC